AUGGAGAACGAAAGUCGGUCGAUUGUUAUUUUAUAUGGAUCCGAAACGGGAUCUUCUCAAGACCUUGCAGAAAACUUGGCAAGACAAGCAAAACGUCGUCAUUUCAAGACAAGAGUGUAUGCGAUGGAUGACUAUGAUAGAAGUCAACUAGUAGAAGAAAAGCUCGUUGUCUUUAUUUGUUCGACAGCAGGGCAAGGAGACGAACCUGCUAAUAUGAAGAGCUUUUGGAGGUUCUUACUACGCAAAAAUCUACCAAAUGAUAUCUUGAGUGACAUAGACUGUGCAGUAGUUGGAUUAGGCGAUUCAUCUUAUAGAAAUUUUAAUUACCCUUCUAAAAAGCUAUACAAGAGACUGCUACAGUUAGGUGCAAAUAUGCUACUCGAAAGAUGUGAUUGUGAUGAUCAACAUUAUUUAGGCAUAGAUGGUGCAUUCAUACCUUGGACUGUACAAUUCUGGAAGCUUUUAUCAUCUGAUGCAACAAUACCAGUAAGACAACAACAACAACAACAACAAGGGAUUGACAUGAAAGUGAUUCAAAACACAAGGAUCACAGCACCCGAUCACUUUCAAGACGUUCGACAUAUCGAACUUGCAUCCGACCAACUCGCAUAUCAGCCUGGAGACAUUGCCGUGAUCAUGCCGCAAAACCUGCGUGAAGAAGUCGACAUGUUUUUAGGCUUGAUGGGUUGGUCAGAGUACGCUGAUCAAAUGAUCCGCAUCACUCCCAACGAAGAAGCUGUCUUGUCUUGGCCCGAACAACUAAAAUUUAGAGAUUUAUUUAUCCAUCACCUUGAUAUCUUUGGUGUACCUAGACGAUCGUUUUUUGAAAUGCUGGCUUAUUUCACAAAAGACGAAAACUUGAAGGAAAGAUUACGAGAGUUUAGUUCUCCCGAGGGUCAGGAGGACAUGUGGAAUUAUUCGCUACGUCCAAGACGUACGAUCACUGAAGUCCUGUUUGACUUUCAGCCUUUAGAGAUUCCAUUGGACUAUAUCCUUGAUGUCUUUCCACAAUUAAAGCCAAGGUCAUUUUCGAUUGCUUCUAGCGUAAGGAUGCACCCUGGACGGAUGGAAUUGUGUGUGGCGAUUGUAAAGUACAAGACAAAUUUGAAAAGAAUACGAAGGGGUGUCAUGACAAAAUGGUUAGCGACAUUGGCGCCUGGUGACAUCAUCCCGGGAGUGGUCAUCAUGAAGGGAACAAUGAGUUUACCUCCUGCGGAUACACCAUUGAUUGCGAUUGGUCCAGGUACGGGUGUUGCUCCCAUGCGAUCGUUUAUAGAAGAAAGAGUUGCGAUUGGAACCAAGCAGAACGUGCUGUUCUUUGGUUGUCGAUACCACGAUAAAGACUUUUAUUACCAAGAUCAAUGGAACACGUAUCAGGACAAAGGACAGCUCGUGCUCUAUACCGCAUUCUCUCGAGACCAGCGUGGAAAAGUGUACGUCCAGGACCGUAUCUUGGAACAAUCGAGUUUCUUGUGGGACCUUAUCAACCAACAAGGAGCUAAAGUGGUCAUUUCUGGCUCUACAGGCAAGAUGCCUGAUCAAGUGGCUUACGCCUUCAAGCAGAUCUUUAUGAAAGAGGGCGGUCUAAGUGCGCAAGAGAGUGAAGCUUACUUUAGUUUAUUGGUAAAGAGAGGACAGUAUCAAGAAGAAUGCUGGUCUUAA